AUGGAUGCAAAUACUUUCACAGAUUUUGCCACCAACCCUUCAAAUCCAUAUUACCUUCACCCCAAUGAAAACCCUUCUUUGAUUCUUGUUACACCACUACUUAAUAGCAAGAAUUACUCUUCGUGGUCUCGGGCGAUGAAGGUAGCCCUAAUUUCCAAGAAUAAGCUUCGAUUUGUCGACGGCUCGUUUUUGUGUCCUUCACCAACGCAUGCCUUGUACGAACAAUGGAUCCGCUGCAACAACAUGGUUCUGUCAUGGCUUCAACGCUCAAUUUCUGAAAGCAUCUCCAAAUCCAUUCUAUGGAUCGACAAAGCUUCUUCUGUUUGGACCAAUCUUGAACUUCAUUUCUCACAAGGUGAUAUUUUUCGAAUCGCUGAUAUUCAAGAUGAUCUAACUCGAUUUCAACAAGGUACUCUCGAUAUCUCUAAUUAUUAUACUCAAUUAACUGCGAUGUGGGAAGAAAUCGACAAUUUUCGUCAUACCAAAAAUUGCACUUGUGCAAUUCCUUGCACUUGUGGUGCUGCUUCAGAUUUUCAAAAAUAUAAGGAACAAGACAAGGUAAUCAAAUUUCUAAAAGGAUUAAAUGAGCAAUACUCUCAUGUUAGAUCCCAUAUCAUGUUAAUUGAACCCCUCCCAAAUUUGUCAAAAACCUUCUCCAUGGUUUUAGGUCAAGAACGUCAAUUAAACCUCCCAAUCCUUCCUGAUCCUAGCACUGAAAAACAACCCCUUGCUAUCGGUGGUCGUGGUGGACUCGGCGGUGGUCGUGAUACUGGUGGUUGUACUCAUUGUGGGAAAAAUAACCACAUUGUUCAAAAUUGUUUUGUCAAAUAUGGAUAUCCUCCUGGUUUCCAACAGCAGAACAACAAGGCUUAUGUUAAUCUUGCUGAAAAUUUUGCCUAUGAACAAAACUCAACUCAAGAAACAACACCAAAUACUCCUUCUUAA